AUGGCAUCCAUGGAAGAGAAGCUCCUCAUGGGAGUGUUGACUCAAAUCGAAGUUGGCCGCAUUGAUUACGAUGGUAUACACGCUUGCGAACUAUAUCGGCGUCGCUACCUCCAAAGCCGCUCGCUGCAGAUGGGAUCGCUACAAACAAAAACUUACAAAGGGGCACCACCAACCACUCCGAGGAAGGCAGCUGGAGUCGGCAAGAAAAUUGGAUUAGUCUCACCGAAGAAGGCAGGCGGCAGUCCAAAGAAGAACAAUCGCGGAAGUCCCAAGAAGUCACGCGGUCGAGUCAAGGAAGAAAGCGAAGAAGAGGAACAUGAAUUAGACGUAGACGUAGACGAGGACGAGUACGAGUACGACGAAAUGGAUUACGACAAGAAUGCUCCAAAUCUCGAUGUCAAAAUGGGAGAGCCAGUCACACCACCACGCAGGUUGCCGUCCCGACGAGCAAGGGUUACGAAGUUUGUGGAAGAGACUAGUGAUGCAGAGGAUGAGCAGGAAGAGGAAGAUGGGGAGGUGCAGAACACAAACUCACUUCAAUACUUCCCAUUACCACCCACCAUGAAUGACAACGACAAACAAAUUAUGAUUGGAGUCCUCCAGCAAAUCGAUAGAGUCAACUUCAAAGCCCUAGCCCAAUCUCUCCACCCCGAGCUAGAGCCUGCAGAAAUCACUAGAGCCAUGGUGGAGAGUCUCCGAAUACGCUGGAAGGGUCUAAAGCAACGACAUGGAAUCGAACCUCCUCCUAGCAGCCCUAACGUCUCGCCCAAGAAAGACGCAAACAGAGCCGAAAAUAGAGCUGGCAAUGGAACUGGAAGAGGCAGAAAGCGAAAGAUCACCAUUGAAGACAACGACGAGUCCGAACCCCCCAGCCCCAUGAAAAAGAAAGACAAAGGACAGGUCAAGGCAGUUGUGAAGUUGGAGAUCAGCGAUAAAGGGGACAAAGCGUUUGAGGAUGCUAUAUUUGCAUAUGGUCCCGACGAUGAGGCGUGA